AUGACAGAGCAAGUCAAUAACAAGACAUGGGUAUUCAAGUGCCCACCGACCGGACUACCCGAGCCGGGAAUAAACACGACUAUUGAGCAGCGACCUCUGGAGCUGGUACCAACACCCGGUGGCCUGGUCAUCAAGCUCCUGACCGCAGGACUUGAUCCGCAUCAAAGAGAUCGCAUGCGUGGGCCUGGUCUUGUGGACUACGUCCCUGGAUAUGUGAAUGAUGAGCCUAUCACCAACUUUUCGAUCGCCAAGGUCAUACGCUCCGACAAUGAUACCUUUGAGGAGGGAAGUCUGAUCGCCGGAAGUUUGCCGAUCGCUGAAUAUGGUCUCGUUCCGAAAGAGCUUAUUGAAGCUCGCGCGAUGGCCUCACCCCUUGUUUGGAAGGUGACCAACGACUACCAUUUGGACCUCAAGCACUUUGUCGGUACCCUGGGACUGGCCGGAAUGACUGCUUGGAAUUCGUUCUAUGGACUCGUGAAACCAGUGAAGGGCGAGACCAUCUGGGUAAAUGCGGCAUCGAGCUCGGUCGGCGAGCUUGUUGUCCAACUUGCCAAGAUCGAAGGAAUGCGGGUGAUCGCUAGUGUGAGCUCCGAUGAGAAACUUGAGUAUGUGGUGAACGAGCUCGGCGCAGAUGUUGGUUUCAAUUACCGAAAGGAACCAGUCAGUGACGCGCUCAAGAGACUGGCGCCGGGCGGAUUAGAUGUAGUUUUUGAGAAUGUGGGAGGCGAUCAUUUCCAAGCGGCGAUUGAGAAUAUGAAGUGGUUUGGCCGCAUCAUUAGCUGUGGAACGGCGUCGCAGUACAACAAGCCUCUUGAGGAGCAGUACGCAGUGACCAACAUUUCGGAGAUCUUCCGCCGUCGAAUCAGGAUUCAAGGCUUCAUUUUCUGGGACGAAAACAUUUUCCCGGACAAUAUCGACAACUUCCGGGCGACGAUGCCGAAGUGGAUCUCGGGGGGAAAGAUCAAAUCGAGAUAUACAGAGUUUGAAGGUAUCGAGCAAGCGGAUGCUGCCUUCCUGUCAAUGUUCAGCGGUGGAAGCUUUGGCAAGACUGUGCUUAAGAUCAGCGAUCUCUGA